AUGUCAGCACUCAAGUCCUGGAUCGAGAUCCCGAAGGGGUCUCAUUUCUCCCUGAGGAAUAUCCCCUUCGGCAUCAUAUCCUCGUCCAAAAACCAGCUUCGCAGGCCAGCGGUCGCCAUCGGGUCCUCGGUGGUCGACCUUGACGAGUUCGCAAAAGGAGGCGGCUUCGCCGAGCUCCCCGAGAUCAAGAGCCACCUGCACGUCUUCGGGGAGGAAACGCUCAACAACUUCGCCGCACUGGGCAGGCGCGUGACCAACGCGGUCAGGCUGUACCUCCAGGACGUCCUGGCGGCAGACACAAAGAGGGCGGGCCUGCUGAGGGACAAUGCGGACCUGCGCGGGCGGGCGGUGCUGCCGCAGUCGGACGUGACGAUGCACAUGCCCAUGCGCAUCGGCGACUACACGGACUUUUACGCGGGGCUGCGCCACGCCUUCACCGUCGGCACCAUCCUGCGCGGCGCCGACAAGGCCCUGCAGCCAAACUACAAGCACAUGCCCGUCGCGUACCACGGGCGCGCCUCGUCCAUCGUCGUCUCCGGGCAGCCGAUCCGCCGGCCCAGGGGCCAGAUCCCGGCGCCGGGCUCCACGACGCCCAGCUUCGCGCCCUGCAGGCGGCUGGACAUUGAGCUGGAGAUCGCGGCGCUUGUGGGGAGGCCGAGCGAGAUGGGCACGCCCGUCUCGGUGGGCGAGGCGCCGGAUUAUGUCUUUGGGUAUGUCUUGAUGAACGACUGGUCGGCGAGGGACAUCCAGGCCUGGGAGUACAUUCCCCUCGGCCCGUUCACGGCCAAGAACUUUGGCACGACUAUCAGCCCCUGGGUGGUGUUGGCGGACGCCAUGGAGCCCCACCAGGCGCCUGCAUUGCCGAACGAGAACACGCCUCUGCCAUAUCUCGUGGAGGAGAGGAAGGACAACGUGCUGGAUAUACAGCUCGAGGUCGAGCUGGAAACUGCUGCUGGGAGCAAGACAACCCUCACCAAGACCAGCUCGUCGAACCUGCUCUGGUCGUUCCCCCAGAUGAUCGCCCACCACACCAUCACUGGAUGCAACCUCAGCGUGGGGGACCUGCUCGGCUCCGGCACCAUCAGCGGCACCGAGAAAGGCACCCAGGGCUCCAUGCUGGAGGCGACUGACGGUGGCAAGAACCCGAUACAGCUGCCAGGGUCCUCCGAGACGAGGAUAUUCUUGGAAGACGGAGAUACCAUCGCCAUCACUGGGCGAGCUGGGGACGAAGAAAAUGGAUACGUUGGCUUUGGGGAGUGCAGGGGUACCAUCUUGCCGGCACUGUCAUAG